UAUCGACAUAAAUCUCGUGCUUCCAGAUCUGCUUUUGCAUUUACGACCAAUUGGUAAACAACCUAUCCUGCUUUACGGCAGAGCUUGAUCUUUACGUUAGAGAGUGUCAGCAGCACACAUUGCAUCUAAACUGCUAACAUACUGUCUAAAGAGUGCUGCAUAGGCAAUGCGCUUUGGACUGCCUGCUACAGAAGGAUUGCAGGCUGGUGGACCUCUGAGGGCAUUCUUUGUGAUUGCGUUGCUUAGCGUGUUGAUGCUCACGCUGCUGAGGACUGUGGGAUUGAGAGCAUUCUCCAUGGCGUCCGAGACCUACUUGUCGGGCACACACUCCGCUGCCUUCGUCACCUGCCCCAACGAACAGGUGGCUAAAGAUCUGGCCAGAGGAAUCGUUGAGAAGAAGCUGGCUGCUUGUGUCAACAUCGUCCCCCAAAUCACAUCUGUAUAUGAGUGGCAGGGGAAGGUCCAGGAGGAUAGUGAAGUGUUGCUGAUGAUAAAGACCAGAAGUUCUAAGGUUGCAUCUCUGGCAGAAUAUGUUAGGUCCAACCACCCGUAUGAAGUAGCAGAGGUCAUCAGCCUACCCAUAGAGCAGGGCAACCCACCCUACCUCAAGUGGCUUGGUGACGCUGUACCAGAAUGAUGGGUGGAUGGAGAGAGGAAGGGAUAGGUGGAUGGACAGAGGGAGGCUGCGAGAAAUGUAUUUGGAAUAAUAAAAUCUGCAGAAAUGUGACUAAAAUGUAUUUUUACUGUUUCAGUGUUGUUCUGGUUUUGACCAAUAGAGGGAUGCAGUGAAAGGGUCUAUCUACAGUUAGGUCCAAAAUGAUUGGCACCCUUGAUAAAGACGAGAAAAAAAGCUGUAUAAAAAAUAAAUACUACUAGUACUGAGUGUUAUUGUAUCAUAUAUUGUAUGCUAAUAAAGUUGGGGUCAGAA